UUUAGGAGACUGUCAAGCACACAGCUGACCCAAACUCACCUGAUGGAAGUAUUUAAAGGAUAAAAACGGAUUAUUUUAGUGGUAUUCUGUAGCUGUGGUCGUGUUUAGAGGCACUGGUCGCCUCAGUCUGAAAUGUAUCUCUUACUUUGCGCGGCCGACAGUUCGUUUUAUACGUUAUUUAGUCCGUUAUCCCGCUUGUAAGGUAGCUCGAAAGCUAUCGUAGCGAGGUCAAAAUGACUCUUCCAGCUUUGCACAACACCGGCGUGCUUUACAGACGGAUUCUGUCACAGUUUCCCCAAGACAUCACUCUGGCUUUUGCCUAUGGAUCUGGUGUUUUUAAACAACACGGGACCAACCAAGGUCAAAUGGAGAAGAACAUGCUGGACUUUGUGAUCGCGGUGGACGACCCGGUGACGUGGCACACCAUGAAUCUGCUGCAGAAUCGCAAACACUACUCCAUCCUCAAGCUGCUCGGGCCCAAGACUAUCAGCUCCAUACAAAAUGAACACGGAGCUUCGGUGUACUACAACACGCUGGUGCCUGUGGAUGGGAAGAUAAUCAAAUAUGGUGUAAUUAGCACAGAAUCUCUGAUAGAUGACCUGAUGCACUGGAAGACCAUGUAUGUUGCUGGACGCCUUCACAAACCAGUGAAAAUGCUUGUGCAGAGUGAGAAUGGAAAGCUCCGUGCUGCUCUGGUAGCCAACCUGAAGAGUGCUGUGACCGCCUCCUUCCUGAUGCUCCCGGAGAGCUUCACUGAGGAAGACCUCUUCCUGCAGAUAGCUGGUCUUUCAUACGCUGGGGAUUUUCGAAUGGUGAUUGGAGAAGAUAAAUCCAAGGUGGCCAAUAUUGUCAAAGACAAUAUUCAGCACUUCCGGAUUCUGUACAGCAACAUCCUGCAGGACUGCCCACAAGUGGUCUACAAACCUAAUCAAGGAAAACUGGAGGUUGACAAAAGCCCAGAGGGCCAGUUUAUUCAGCUGAUGGCGUUGCCUCGGACCCUGCAGCAAAAGAUCACAAAGCUGGUCGAUCCUCCAGGCAAAAACCGAGACGUGGAGGAGAUCCUGCUGCAGGUUGCUCAGGACCCAGACUGUGGAGCUGUUGUGCAGCAAGGUAUUUCAUCUAUUGUGAAAACUUCCAGUAUAACACAGAGUAUCAAAGGCAUUGCUACAGCUGGCUUGUGGAAGACAGUGUCGUACAGCUCCAAAAAACUGAUGAAGAUGUGGAAGGGUUGGAGGAGGAAACCCUCCGUCUCACAGACAUCCUGAUCCUGUCUGUCUACCAGGAACCUGUCUUACUCUAGAACUGUCAGCCAGACAAUCUACGUUCAUCCUUUUGGUUUUAGCCUGAAACUAACUGUGGCUGGAACAAUCACACACUGACCUCUGGUUGUGUCACCGUGGAGCCUCUAUCCCUUACGAGGUGUUAGUCUGUGUUUGAAUAGUUUAGAGCUGUCUGUACAACUGCCCUUUAUCGUGCAGUUCAUAAAAGUUGUAUAAAAGAUGGUGACAUUUCACAAGCCUGACUGAAUUAUGGCUGACAUUUAAUGGUACUACAGAUCGGACCUUUUCUGGAUAAUGACUACAGUGUUACUACAGUGUCUAGCGAGGAACUGCUGAAUUCAGCUAUGUCUUGAGCCAAUGGCGUGUGGUGCACAGAAUGUAACCAGGACUGCAAGAUAUAAUGAAGAAAAUAUUUUGAAUUCUCUUUAUACAUGGACACACACACACACACACACACACACACACACACACACACACACUUCUCAUCCCCCUCCUAGAUUGCCAAAAAAACUCAAAUCUUUCAUUUCACCCUUUAACCACAUUUUUAAUGUUUGUGCUAUAUGUAUGUUGCUCAUUGUUACCAGAUGUUUACGUCUCUGCCACCUUAUUGUUAUGAGCUUGUCAUAUUGACAACUGGAGGUCUUCAAUGGGAAUAGGCAUUGAUUUGUUCUUCACAAAUACUUGCUUUAGUCGAAUUCAGUGACAAGGUUUAAUAAACGUUUUAAUACAA